AUGCUGCAACCAAGCGCAUUUCUCUCGCUGCUAUUUCUAUUGGCGGCGGCGGCGCGCGGCGGAGAUUAUAGCAGAGCAGACUUUCCGGCUGAUUUUGUUUUCGGUUCUGGAACCUCCGCUUAUCAAUACGAGGGAGCAGCAUUUGAGGAUGGAAGGACUCCCAGCAUUUGGGAUACUUAUGCUCAUUCUGGUCAUAGCGGUGGAGCCACCGGAGAUGUAGCAUGCGACGGAUAUCACAAAUACAAGGAAGAUAUCAGGCUAAUGUUGGACAUGCAUUUGGAGGCCUUCAGAUUGUCCAUAUCAUGGUCAAGGCUCAUUCCUAAUGGAAGAGGACCUAUCAACCCCAAGGGGCUAGAAUACUACAAUAAUCUCAUUGACGAACUUAUAAGCCAUGGAAUCCAACCUCAUGUUACGUUACAUCAUAUGGAUCUACCACAAGCACUCGAUGACGAGUAUGGGGGAUGGCUUAGUCGAAAAAUUGUGAAGGACUUUGUGGUGUAUGCAGACACAUGCUUUAGGGAAUUCGGUGACAGAGUAUUGUACUGGACAACCAUUAACGAGGCCAAUAUAUUUUCUGUGGGAGGUUACGAUGAAGGAGCCUCUCCCCCAGGACACUGUUCACUACCCGUCCAAAAUAAUUGUUCCAAGGGUAACUCCUCAAUUGAGCCAUACAUUGUGGGACAUAAUAUCUUGCUUGCACAUUCAGCUGCUGUGAAACUGUACAAGAAGAAAUACAAGUCCACUCAAAAUGGUUUCGUGGGAUUUAACAUCUAUAGUUUUUGGUUCGUUCCUUAUACAAAUUCAACGGAAGAUGUGAUUGCAACUCAAAGAGCUAAAGAUUUCUACAUUGGUUGGUUAGUUGAUCCCCUUAUCUAUGGAGACUAUCCUAGGAGUGUAAAGAAAAAUGUUGGGAAGAGACUUCCAGCCUUUACCGAAUAUGAGUCUAAGCAAAUCAAGGGAUCAAUCGACUUUAUAGGAGUGAACCACUAUACAACAUUAUACAUCAAGGACAAUCCCAGCAACCUCCAAAUUGAUAACAGGGAUUUUGAUACUGACAUAGCAAUAGAGAUUAAAUUUAAGCAGGGCAAUGAAUUACCAGAUCAGUAUCCAAUUAGGCCUUGGGGUCUUUAUGGAUUGCUGGAGUAUCUAAAACAAGCGUAUGGCGAUAUACCAGUUUAUGUCCAUGAAAAUGGCCAGUUGGCACGACGCAAUGGAACACUUUAUGACAAAUCGCGAGUGGAAUAUAUGCAUACUUACAUUGGGAGCAUGCUUGAUGCUAUAAAGAACGGAUCAAACACGAGGGGAUAUUUCCACUGGACCUUCUUAGAUUGUUUCGAGUUGUUGGGUGGCUAUGGGCUAUCCUUCGGCCUUUAUUACGUUGAUUUGGAUGACAAAUACCUAACCAGAUAUCCAAAGCUUUCUGCACACUGGUACUCAAAUUUCUUGAAAGGGAAAAGCACCAGCUCAAAUGCAAUUACCGAAGUUGGGGAUAGCACAUUUGUUCGUCAGACAGGUUAA